AUGAUUUGGACGUUUUUAGACUUACUGACACUAAAUGAUUUUAAGGAAAGCGGAAGCCUCAGCGAUACAUCCUCGGAUAGUGAAAGCUGCAAACGAAAUGGGCGGAGAGCAGUAACCUUGCAGAAAAGGUCGAAAAAGGAAUUAAUUACUCGUGGGCGCGUGCUCAAAUCGUCUCGAUCCGCAGUGGACUAUACGGAGAAACCAUCGGAUGAGGACUUCAGGGAUCGCCAUACUAGCAAUAAAAAGUUGAGUACAAAAUUACUUCAGGUAAUCAAGUCAAGAAUGGGUGCACAGGGAGCUACUGGCUCUGCCACAACGUGUUAUAAUGUGGCAGAGAAAGGCGACCCUAACGAUCCAUCUGCUGUCGUACUGGAGCAGCAGUUUCUUAUUAAGUGGGUCGGUUGGAGCCACCUGCACAAUACUUGGGAAUCGGAAGCUUCGCUCAUAGCAAUGAAUGCCAACGGAGUUAAGAAGAUACAAAACUUUUUAAAGAAGCAAAAGGAAAUGGAAGAAUGGAAGCAAACUGUAGACAAGGAGUAUAUUGAGUUUUAUGAAUGCGAGCAAGUGAUGAAUGAAGAGCUUUAUGAAGAAUACAAAAAGGUUGAGCGAAUAGUUGCUCAUCAAGUGUCUCGUGAUCGACAUGCUGACGGAACAGAGCCAACUGAAUAUUACGUGAAGUGGUGUGGGCUAUCAUACUCUGAUUGCACUUGGGAAGACUCUCGUCUUCUACCAGCCGAGAUGGUCCAAGCAUAUCACCGUCGUAUUGAAAACUAUCGUGCUCCGAGUAGGAAUGCUUCGGUUCUACGUAAGAGACCGAAAUUCGUGAAAAUUGAGGACAUGCCAUCAUUCUUACAAUUUGAUGCUAAAAAUCAGACCUUGCGCGACUAUCAACUCGAGGGCUUAAAUUGGAUGCUCCAUGCGUGGUGCAAGCAUAACUCCUGCAUUCUCGCGGAUGAAAUGGGAUUGGGUAAAACGAUCCAGGCAAUCGCGUUCUUGGCCACUCUGUACCACAAAUAUGAACUCUACGGACCGUUCUUAGUUGUUGUUCCAUUGUCUACAAUGGCAGCAUGGCAGAAGGAAUUUUUACAGUGGGCACCAGACAUGAAUCUGAUCACCUAUAUGGGUGAUGUGAACUCACGUGAGCAGAUCCGUCAGUUCGAAUGGUAUAUAGCGGGAACAAGGAAAAUCAAAGUGAACACUGUCCUUACCACAUAUGAGAUUCUUCUUAAAGAUAAACCUUUCUUGGGAGGUUUUCAAUGGGCUGCUUUGAUUGUGGAUGAGGCACAUCGGUUGAAAAAUGACGAGUCUCUAUUGUACAGCUGCCUUUCUUCAUUUAAUUGUGAUCACCGGCUUCUUAUCACUGGAACACCGUUGCAGAAUUCACUGAAGGAGCUAUGGGCUUUGCUGCACUUCAUAAUGCCUGAAAAAUUUUCAAGUUGGUUAGAGUUCGAAAGUGGUCACAAUGAUAAGGACCACAAAGGAAUCUCUGCUCUUCAUCGUAAGUUGGAACCGUUCCUUUUAAGGCGAGUGAAAAAGGACGUGGAGAAGAGUUUACCACCUAAAUUGGAGCAGAUAUUGAGAGUGGACAUGACUGCUCAGCAAAAACAGUAUUACAAAUGGAUAUUGACGAAGAACUAUCACGAGUUGUCGAAGGGAGUAAAAGGUUCCAUAAACGGUUUUGUAAAUCUCGCUAUGGAAUUGAAGAAGUGUUGCAAUCAUACGUCACUUGUGCGACAAUACGACCACUUAGAAAUGGAUCCCCAGGCACGACUACAGCAACUUCUAAAAUCAUCUGGGAAGCUCAUAUUGCUGGACAAGUUGCUCUGCCGACUAAAAGACACUGGACAUCGUGUUCUUAUUUUUUCACAGAUGGUGAUGAUGUUGGAUAUACUUCAAGAGUAUUUGCAAUUACGUCGAUUUCCUGCUCAGCGUCUGGACGGUUCAAUGCGGGCUGAUUUGCGUAAACAAGCACUGGAUCAUUACAAUGCUGAAGGAUCUACUGAUUUCGCUUUCCUUUUGUCUACGAGGGCGGGUGGUUUGGGUAUCAACCUUGCAACUGCUGAUACGGUCAUUAUCUUUGACUCUGACUGGAAUCCCCAAAAUGAUUUACAAGCAAUGAGCAGAGCCCAUCGUAUUGGACAAACUCGACAGGUGAAUAUUUACCGUCUGGUGACUAGGAACUCAAUGGAGGAAGAGAUUGUUGAGCGAGCCAAGCGUAAGCUUGUACUUGAUCAUCUCGUCAUUCAGCGGAUGGACACAACCGGACGAACUGUACUUUCGAAGUCCUCUGUAGCAGGAGCAAGAGCUGUUCCUUUUGAUAAAAAGGAGUUGAAUGAUAUCUUGAAAUUCGGCGCUGCGGAUUUGUUCAGAGAGGGUGAUGGAGAAGAGCAGGAACCAGAAGUCGAUAUAGAUCGCAUUUUGAGUGGAGCGGAAACGAGGGACGAAGGUGGCAAUGAAUUACUGAAUUCCUUCAAAUAUGCGAAUUUCUCAAUUAAUGAAGAGCAAGACGUUGCUGCGGCCAACGAAGCGGGUUGGGACGAAAUCAUUCCUGAGGUAGAGCGUCAAAAAAUAAAGGAAGAAGAGCGCCGCAAGCUUGCUGCUGAUCUCGAAUUGGCUCCGCGACAACGUGUUAGGUUGGAAAUAGAAGAGGCAAUUGCCGAAGACGAUUCUGCCUCUGAUGGCGAUGCAGAAAGCACUGGACGCAAGAAAAGAAAAAAAGCUUUUGGCGAGUUCUCAGCUGCAGAAGUCAAACGAUUCGUGCGUUCUUUCAAGAAGUUUGCUAGGCCGUUGCAAAGGCUAGAAGCACUUGCACAGGAUGCCGAACUUGAAGAGCACAGUGCAGAGGAGCUUCGAAAACUUGCAGAAGCUUUGCUAGAAGGUUGCGAAAAGGCUGAAAAAGAACAUUGCCUGAGAAAACACGAAGUGGCGGUUUGUGUCGAAGGCGAUAAGAUCGUAAAAGAUCGCGGGCCAUCUUUUAAGUUCUCUGGCGUAAUCGAUGUAAAUGUUCGUUCGAUCCGAAAACUGCACAGUGAGCUUGAACCACUGCAUCGUGCCCUUUCAGAUGGGGGCACUAUCGAUUUCAAGCCUCCUGCGAAAGCGCGACCCCAGAAGGGUUGGGAUAUUGAAUGGACAUUAGUGGACGAUUCUGCUCUGUUACGUGGAGUUUUCAAAUACGGUAUUGGAAGCUGGGAAGCGAUCAAGAUGGACCCUGUGCUGGGACUUGCAGAUAAAAUCUUCAUCAAGGAUAAGGUUCGGAAGCCCCAACCACGACAUCUACAACAACGAGUGGACUAUCUGCUGAAGCUCAUGGAUAAAGCUGUGAAUGAAGUGAGAACAGUGCGAACCGCUCAAAUCCGGAAACGCAGAGCGCUCGACAGUGAUAAAUUUACUCCAGUUGAUGAAAAGGUGUAUACUGAAAUCAUCCAAAAAACUGUUGCCGAUCAAUUGGCUUUGGUUUCGAUCGACAAGUCGAUCUAUGGGCAAGCGUUGGAAAACACUAAUGACCGACCAUUCUGUGAAUGCGUAAAGAUGAUGCGACCGGUUCAAAAAUACAUUAAGAAGCUAGCCGAGGCUACUAGUGAGAAGGAAGCAACCAAAUAUCUACUCAGGCUUGGCGACAACUGUCUUAUUAAAUUCAGAAAGCCAAAGACGAAUGUACGGAAAUGGUACAACUACAUGUGGAUUUUUCUUUCGAAAUUUGUACCUCAAGAACCGAUGGAGAUGCUAGAGAAGUAUCGCGAACUUUGUAAUAAUCGUCAUAAGCAUCGUGAGCACAAUCAUAUCCAAAAAGACCACUCACCUCCUAAGCAUGAUGGAGAGAGGAAAAGGGACGAUGACAGACAUAAAAAAGAUAGUAGAGAUUGCUAUAAAAAGAGACAUCACUGCAAGGAUUACAAAUCGGAGAAGGACCACAGACCACGUAAAUAUCAUGGAGCAUAUAAGGUAUGGUGGUUUCUAAAAAGGGAUAGAAAUGUCUUCCUUACAUCAGAAAAUUGUGAUUUCGUAGAGUUUAACAGGGAACGUUUUUUCCAUUUGUUAGAAAGUAUUAUGAAUGAAAUCCGUUUACAGUAA